AGUAGUAGGUAGAUUUGAAUUACUCCGUUUUUAUUACUUUUGUAUUUUGAAUUUCUUUUUUCAAUUAAUUUAUUAGAGAAUUCUGGUGAGUCCGUAGCACCGGAAUGAUUUGCAACAAGCGUGUGUUGACCUACCGGUAGUAUGACCGCGGUCACAUCCAUUUGCUGUCAACUUGUCAGUUAAACAAGGUUAUAUUUUUUGUUAAAAAUUUAAUCGGCAAGUGAAUACCUUUUACACUUCAACCCAAGAACUGUAAUACUCUUUUAACUUGUGUUUGUGUUGUGCAUGUGUUGAUUUCGUGCGUUUUUGUUUUAAUACUGUAUCAAGAUGUCUACAGAAGAAAGAGUACCAAGGAUAAAGGAGCUUAAAAUCCGCAUGAAGCCCGACUACUACUUGGAGUUGGCACGUGAAGCUUUUGAAAAAGGAAACAAAAAAGAUGCUUUAGAAAACUACAUUAGUUAUAUUGAGAAUCUAGCCCACCCUGACGAGAUGAAACUAGCUGAACAGAUGAAUUUGACUAAGUUGAUCAUGAAUUUAAACAAUCUCAGUGAAUUAAACCAGGAAAUUGAACAGGAAGUAUUAAAAUGCUACUUGAAAGUAUUAAACCGGUAUCCACAGAACGCCAUUCUAUUGAAUGCGUUUGGUGUGUUUUUUUUCUCACAUGGUGAAUACACGGUUGCUCGAAAAUUUCUACAAAGCUCCGCUGACCUUGGCUACUUACCAGGCGAAAAAAAUUUCUUGCAUGUUAUUUGGCACUUGAUCCCACGGUGGCAUUUUCGAAUGCUGAAUGACCAGAAGAGGAACGAAUCCUACAAAAAGGCAAUUACAAAUGCGAUUAAUCAUGGUUUUAAAAAAGUGUAUGACAUUGGUACAGGAUGUGGGCUCUUAAGUUUGAUAGCUACAAACUGCGACAAAGACGUGACGGUAGUGGCGUUUGAAGAAAACAAAACUUUGAGUGAUAUAGCUUCAAAUAUAUUUAAAAGGAAUAAUGUAAAUGAGAAUAUUACGUUAAUAACGCGGAACUCCAACAUGGCCAGUGUUCCACCUACCCCUUGCAAUUUAAUUUUGACGGAAAUAUUUGACGCGGGAGUUUUUGGUGAAGACUGUCUUGAAACAAUUAAACAUUCAAUGGAUAAUUUUUUAGUAGAAAAGAAUUUUAAAAUAAUUCCAGCUGGAGUUAAGUUGUAUGUCACUGGAAUAGAAAGCGCAGAAAUAUUGAGAAAACAUCGUUACAUACAUCAACUAGAUGAACUAAAUUUGAAAGACAUUUGUAUAAGGGAAGUGGACGCAGAACCGUAUGAUGCAGAGUUUUUGAAAAACAAAAACGUGAAAUAUUUAACAAACACGAACUCGUUUUUGGAAGUCAAUUUUUAUGAUAAACCACAACUGGAAAAGCUGUUAGAGAGCAGUGACUGUAUUGACACUGUUGAGUUGACUUGUAACGAAAAAGGUGUUCUCCAUGCUUUUGCUAUGUGGUUUGAUCUCUGUUUAGAUAAAGAAAUUACAAUUUCUACAGAUCCUAGUAAUUUGGAUAAUCAAUGUUGGGAACAAGCGGUGUUUUAUUUGAAGCAUCCAAUACAAGUAUCAGCUGGUGAAAUAGUCAAAAUUAAACCUAGCAUGGUAAAUGGCCAAGUUCACUUUGAAGUAGUAUCAAAAAGUAUUAAUUGCAGUAAUUGUUUUGAAGUUAGUACAGAGGUGAUUUCAUUUCUCAAUGACACGCAGUUAAUUCAGAGUAUAAUUAACGCUGCUGAUAAGUAUACAGCGCCUGAUUUGCGCAUAGUUGACUUUAACAUUUUCCCGCUGUUUGGACUUUUGAUGGCAAAAAAAGGGGCCACUGUCUGGCAUAUAUACAAAGAUGAGUGUGACUUAUCGUUAUUUAAUGAAAUUAUGGUUAGGAAUGAUUUACCCGCCAACAAAUUAAUUUGCGUACAUCAGAAAGAACUGCAAGAAUAUAUAAUUUAUGUGGAACAGCCACACAUUGUUUUUACAAAUAUCAUAAAAACGGACGGAUCCUGGAACAAGGAGGAAUUUACUGUAGAGACAGAGCAAAUAUUUAAGUGUGAAUCGCUCCCUAAGAAGAUCGUUCUUAACGCUCAAUUUAUUAGUUCUAAAUACUUGGAUGUUUGCAAUAAAGUGGAUGACAGCAAUGCGUUGAAUUUUGAAAUAUUUGAAGAAAUAAAUAAGUAUUCUGGAAGUGAACAUCCAAAUUUGGAGACGUUUGAACACGAAGCUCAUUCCACAAUAGCUGUUUUUGAUAUCAGCGACUUGGAGAAGGUGGAUUUUCAUAAGGAAGUGGAUAUCACUUCCGACGGGUCUUGCAAUGGAAUUCUGUAUUGGUUUGACAUUCACUUUACCAGUGAUGAAAACAAAUUCAGCACUUUAAACAGUACACAUUAUAACAAGUCUUGUACUUUGUUAAAUAAUCGAAAAUGUGUAAAAGAGGGCGAAAAAAUUCCCAUUCACAUUCUGAGACUUGAAGGUCACUUAAAAGUAUACUGUGAUUUGAAUUAAUUGUUGUAAUAAAUAUGAACGAAAGACUGGAA